AUGGCAAAUUCCAUUAUUCUCACAGCCUCUUCUCUUCUACCUUUCGUUCUUUCACUUCUCUUCUUCCAUCAUGUCGUUCCCAUGCAUGCAGCUUCCCAAAACAACGUCGUUUCCAUCAUCUGCCAAAGAACUGGAAACCCUCCUUUUUGCUCCAACCUCUUGAAAUCUGCUCGUACCACAGACCUGAAAGGGCUAGCCACUUUCACCCUCAACCUCGCCCGCACCAAUGCUACGAAAAGUCGAGCCCUUGCCCAGUUCCUAGCAUUGAAGGCAGCCGACCCGAAGCUCAAGGAGCGCUAUGCCUCCUGUGCCGAGCACUACGAUGAUGCUGCCGGUGACCUCGACGAUGCGAAGAACUAUUUGGCCACAGGUGAUUACAAUGGCGUUAAUAUUCAGGCUUCCGGAGCCAUGACCGAGACCGACGAUUGUCAGGAUAACUUCACGCAAUCACCGAUGGACGGAUCGGGGCUGUCCAAAAAUGGCAAGGCUCUGGAAGAUAUUUGUAGUAUUAUCUUGGUUAUAGCCAAUAUUCUCCUUGGGCGUGUCUAA